UCAACUACAACCCCCUUUCUUCCCCAUCAUCACCAGUCCCACUCCAUUUAUUUUCUCAAACAAACAAAAGGAUCCGUUUUCAGACAAUCAUUUUACUAAUUUUACACGCAUUUUCUGAUGCGAAACUCAAGGAUGUGAGGAUCCUUUUCUUUUUUUAUACGUAUGUUGCAACCUUUUAGUUGUAACUAUUUUGCACCCGAAGCUGUUGCAAGUGUGUGUGGUUGUUUCUCGAGGAAAUUAGUUGAUCAACGAUAUAUAUUUUUUUGACACGUAUUUUACAUCGUUUUCAGUUGCAACUCUGACGUGAUACUUGUAGAUCUGACGGCUAAUCAAUCAACCUCUGAUUUCUCACCAGAAGUGGUUGCUAGAAAUUUUUAUAUUUCUCACUCGGAGCGGUUGCAAGAUUUUUUUUAACGGCAAAUUAACCUAACCUCAUGGAUAUAGGGAGACUCUUACCGUCACGCCAUGUGCUUUAGUACGAGCAUUUGAUCGAAAAGUUAUCUCAAUCGAAGAUAUAAAAGUUUCAAGGUUGAAGGAUGGCUGGUCCCUCGAGUGAUCGAUUAAAAGAGAUGUUGCAGUCUGCUGUACAAUCUGUUCAAUGGACGUACAUUAUUUUCUGGCAAUUUUGUCCUGAAAAACGGGUUUUAGUAUGGGGAGAAGGAUACUACAAUGGAGCCAUAAAAACCCGAAAAACGGUGCAGCCGGUGGAGGUUAGCGCGGAGGAGGCCGCGUUAAGCAGAAGCGAGCAGCUAAGAGAGCUCUACGAUUCAUUGGCGACUGGUGAGCAGCAGGUGACGGAGAGCCAGCAGGCGGUGAUAAGGCGACCAUCGGUGGCAUUGUCGCCCGAGGAUCUAACGGAGUCGGAAUGGUUCUACCUCAUGUGUAUCUCUUUCUCUUUUCCUCCAGGUGUCGGAUUAGUGGGAGAGGCGUAUGCAAAGCAGCAACAUCUGUGGCUCACUGCUGCACACGAAGUAGAUAGUAAAGUUUUUACGAGAGCCAUCCUUGCCAAGAGUGCUUAUAUACAGACGGUGAUAUGCAUACCUCUACUAAAUGGAAUCGUCGAGCUUGGAACAACCGAAAAGGUCGAAGAGACUAAUGAAUUCAUUCAACAUGUGAAACUUUUCUUCAUGAGCGGAAAUGGCUACAUGACUGUCCCACCCCCGAAACCAACCCUUUCGUCUCAUUCUUCCAAUACCACCUUUUCCCCUUAUCAAACACCCGAUACACUCAAACUUCCAAACACCACAUAUUCAAUGGACGAAGAUGUUGAUGCCGACGAAGAUGAUGAUGAUGAGGGUGAAGACACGCAAUAUGAUAUUGACGUGGAAGAUGUACGCUGCGAUGAGUAUGAAGAUGAAAAUGGACGCGACUUUGUGAAAGAAACAUGUAAUGUUUCUAGCUUUCAAGAGUUUAAUAAGAAUAUAGCAUCGAUGGGUUCACUCAUAGAGACCGAUGAGCUAUCGCAACUUGUUGUGUCUCCAGACAUCAAGUUCGCGUCACCCAAUGAUGGUUCGAACAACUUAGAUUCUCAUUUUAACUUGUCGGCAACGAGUCUAGACGAUUCAUAUAGAGCCGAGUCAACCCCCGGAUGGUCAGAUAAUUUUGAGUUGCACAACCCAUCACAUAUUCAAUUAAACACGUCAUCAGAUCAUUUAGCACCAGAAGACACUCGCUACUCUCACACAGUCUCAACCAUCCUCAACAACCAGUUAACUCGAUGGUCCGACUCACCACCACACCCCAACUCAUCCUACUCCACCCAAUCAUCCUUCGCCACGUGGACACCAAACCAAACACCACCACCUUCCCACAACUCACAAAAUAUCCUCAAAUACGUCCUCUUUACCGUCCCUUACCUCCACUCUACCACCACCACCACCAUCACCGCCUCCGAAUCCGCCACACCUCUACCCAAAACGACGUCGCACGAGGACCUCAGCGCGAACCACGUCCUCGCAGAACGACGCCGUAGAGAAAAACUGAAUGACCGCUUCGUCACACUCCGGACACUAGUCCCAUUAGUGACAAAAAUGGACAAGGCGUCGAUCCUCGGUGACACGAUCGAGUACGUGAAGCAGCUGAGGAAGAGGAUACAGGAUCUUGAGGCACAUUGUCUUUGUCUGGAGAAUACAAAGGUGGCGGAAAAAAGAAAAGUUCGAGUGGUGGAGGGUGGAAGGCGGUCUGCGGUGGCGGUCCAGGUGGAAGUGUCGAUAAUUGAGAAUGAUGCAUUGGUGGAGAUACAGUGUAGGCAUAGAGAUGGGUUGUUGCUGGAUGUUAUGAACAAGUUGAGGGAGCUUGGAGUGGAGAUCAUGACUGUACAAUCUUGUGUGGAUGCUGGGGUGUUUACCGCUGAGAUGAGAGCUAAGGUGAAGGUGAAGAAGGGUAUUAAUGGAAGGAAAAUUAGCAUAACCCAAGUAAAGAAAGCAAUUGAUCAAAUAAUAUAUCCGUUGUAGAUCGGUUUAAGAACAGAAAUAUAGGUAAUAACUACAAGUCUGUAACACAGGUAUUUUGUAGCAAUUACAUUUUUUUUAUGGUGGGAUUUUUAACCACAAAUAAUUUGAAGUGAAUAUUAUAGAUAACUUGUUCACCAAGAAUUUUUUUAGGGUUUAUUGAGUUUGUUGUUCGAAGAAUAUUUAUCGACUUGAUUUAAAGAAUCUUCCUAGUC